AUCUCAGACACAAUGUUUUGUAAAGGAAAUAACUUCUCAUUCAUCCGCGAAACCUGUUUCGUUAUGCCAGCGUUAGGCUGAAAUGUGAUUCAUGCGGCUAACAUUUCUUCACCUUCUAUCCGUCACCCAGUCGUUCAUAAUGCCUUUCGAGCGGCGAUCAUUCAACAGAAAGCAUUCGCAAGCGUCUCAGCACAAGAGGCCUCGGUCGCCCUCUUUCAUUUGUUGAAGAGUACAUCAUUUCAAGAAAAUUGUGUUCAAAGAAAUGUAAACAAUGUUAAAUCCUUUGUUCGUGGGCUUAGUUUUACUAAAAAUAUGCCUAAUAAGGCAAUGCGUAUUUAGUGCGCCGCUACCGGCGACCGCAGAAAUCUACAACGGUAAUACUGUGCCACCAACGAUGCGUGCACCCGAGAACCCCCCACCUGCAGACACCGCGGUAGAAUUUAUGAAACGUUUUGGCUACCUUGAUCCAGGUAUUCCGAAUUCUGAAGCCUUAUAUAGAGAGGAUGCAAUAAUAGAAGCUAUAAAAAAUAUGCAAAAAUUUGGAGCCAUUCCACAAACAGGAAUUCUAGAUAGCAACACACUACAGUUAAUGAAGCGGAAGAGGUGUGGGGUUCCUGAUGUCAUACGUAGAAAAAGAAUCAAGAGAUAUAUUGUUGGUUCUGAAGGCUGGAAAAAACGGAAUAUAACUUAUUUCAUUGCUAACUGGACACCAAAAUUAGGAGAAGAAAAUGUGUUUCAUGAAAUGCAGAAAGCAUUUAAUUCAUGGAGUGGAUAUGCAAGAUUAUCUUUUCAGUACAGCCGGGACCCAAAUGCUGAUAUUAUUAUAGCUUUUGGGCGAGGUCCACAUGGUGAUUAUUACCCAUUUGAUGGCCCUGGAAAUAUUUUGGCACAUGCCUACUUUCCAUAUGAACAUGGUAAUUAUGGGGGUGACAUCCACUUUGAUGAUGAUGAAGAGUGGAAGAUGAGGCCUGGAGAAUUAGAGAGUGGUGUUGACUUCUUUACUGUGGCUGUUCAUGAGUUGGGCCACAGUUUGGGACUUGCCCAUUCUCCAGUUUCUGGAUCCAUUAUGUUUCCAUAUUAUAAAGGUUAUCAACCUAAUUUUCAAUUGGAUUAUGAUGAUAUUUUGGCAAUGUAUGAAUUGUACAUUUCUAGAAAUCUGGAAGGGGAUACUUCAGUCACACAUACAAAUACCAAUGAUGUAGAUGAGGAAUUUGAUGAUUAUACUGAAAGUAAUGGAGAUGAACAUGAGAAAAGAACUACUCCAAAACCUGAUCAUAGUGACACAACACAUAAAACUUCUGAUGAAUCUGAUACUACAGAAAGUUCUACAUCUGUGGUCCCUAUUCCAACAACACUGCAACCAGAAUACAAUGUGACAUAUAUGGGAGAUGAUGAAAGUGUUGAUGAGCAUUUACAACAUGAUUCAACAACUCACCAUCCAAAAACAAAGAACAAAAUCCCUAAUCUUUGUGAGGGAACACCUAAUGCAAUUUCUGUACUUCGCAAUGAAUUAUUUGUAUUCAAGGAUAAGUAUGUGUGGAGAAUGCCUGAGAGAAAUGAAGUAAUACCAGGAUAUCCUGUACCAAUUCACCAGUUGUUUUGGUCUUUACCUGAAUUUGUGACUGCUAUAGAUGCUGUCUACCAAAGAGAAACUGACCAAAGCAUUGUAUUAUUUACAGGAAAUCAAUAUUGGGUUCAUGAUGGUGACAAAUUCAUAGAAAAUAGUCCUCGACCAAUUACAUCCUAUGGACUUCCCAGCACCCUAAAGAAAGUUGAUGCUGCAUUUGUCUGGGGGAAAAACGGGAAAACAUUUAUUUUCAGUGGGCACCAGUACUGGAGGUACAAUGAAACUACCCAGAAAAUGGAUCCUGGUUACCCACAUAAUGUUUCCAGAUGGAGAGGUGUACCUGAAGAUUUAGAUGCAGCUUUUACAUGGACAGAUGGAUUGACAUAUUUUUUCAAAAAUAAUAUCUUCUGGAGGUUCAAUAAUUACUUGAUUAAAACUGAUCGUGGAUAUCCUCUCCUAGCAUCUCAGUAUUGGUUCAAUUGUUCUUGAAUGAGAAGUCUCCUAAAAGUUAAAAAGCAUGUUUAUGGUUCAACUAGAUACAACUACAAUUCUUUUAGGAGGAUGAUAACUGGUUCACCAAUAUCAGUGAAUCUGAUGAAGUUGGAUAACAAAACAAAAAGAAAAUGCCAUUUGUGAUCAUUGAAAUACUACUUUGUUUUUUCCAAAAAUAUUUACAUGCUUGUAGUUUUCAAAGUUAUUUUUGUACAUAGUAAAUAUACAAUGUUUACAUAAAUAUUUUAUAGUCAUGCGAAUACCACUGAUAUUCUCACUGAUCUCACCCCAUUUCUUACAAAGCUAAAUAGAAAACAAAAUUUCUUUACAAGUCUUUUUGUUUUUAGUUAUUUUCUUACAUGAAAUUCAAAAAUGUUCGAGUACAGAGGUACAAUGUACAUAAAUAAACCAAACACGAACACAAACACUUCAAGUGACAAUGACUUGUUACAAAAAUAUGCAUUCACCAAUUGUAAAUUCUAUUCCUCUUUAUUGCAAUACUCACACUUGGUGAGGAGUUAGAAUCAAUGACAUUAUUCAGAACUGUAGUGUAGAACAAAUUUAUGACAGAUACCACAGUCAUUAACUACAGAUAUAAAAAGUAUAAGCUGUGAUUACUUUACAUGUAUAUGGAAGAUCAUUAACAUAUUCAAGAUAAUUAAAGGUAUUAUUAUUAAAUAUAAUUCCAGAAAAUAAACUGAAAUGGAUUGAGUACAGACCAUUGACAGUUUUGUAAUCAGAAAGUCUGCUUGACCUACAUUGAUUUGUGCAUUACUGUCAUUGCUUCAAGCUUAUCACACAAUGUUUGUACAGCUUGGUACUUUGCUGGCAAUUUUUAGCUUUUACUCAUAGUAAACAAAUAUUAACAGCUAUUACUUUCAAUAUAUAUACAUAUACAUUUAAAACACACGUUAUAUAUCAUAACAAUAUUUAAUAGUCUAUAUAAAAAUAAUUUUACAAAUUCAACUGAAUAGUAGCUUUAUUGAGCUCAGAAAAAUGAAGCACAUGUACCACUUUUAAUCAUGCUCAUAAAGCCCAAGUUCUUCUCAGAUUAACAAAGAGGAUGAUGUGAAUGAAACAAAUCUUCACUUCUACAAUGGCAUUGAUAUUUGACUUCUAUCCUAGAAGUUCAAUGCUAAUUUACUUUCUUCUCUGAAACACAAGAUUAAACAAAACAUUGUUUCAAAGUCAAAUUAUAAGAAAAGUCUUUGGAAAGAGAGCAAUAGCAUUUCUUACCAGGACUUCCACCAACGGGAUUUUAUACUGAAAUAACUUAUUGAAUAUAAUAUAGAGAAAUUCAUACAUUCUGUGUUCAAUGCUGGGACUGUUCAAAUGCAAUAAACAAACACAUUAAUAUCAAGAACAAAACUUUUUUCUAACCUCUAUUCUCCACCACAGCUUAAACUACCUUUGUUUUCCUUCAUUAACCUUAUAAUUUUCUCUGUGGGGAACUGCCAGAGAUAUACUUUGCUAAUGAAAAUAACAAUUAGAUAACCAUCAUGCACUAAUUAGAAAAAACUAUCUACAUACACUACACAUUUCCUGCAAGUGAAGUAAUUUGAAUUGCAUGUUACCUCACUUCAUGUGAAGAAUUUAACUACAACAGCUCUGAGGAGUAGGAUCAAGGCCUGACCGUUUUGUCACAAAUACUCUAGUAAAUUC